GGAGCCCCCCCUUCGGAGGAGAGGGGCUGAGGGAGCCCCUCGGUGAGCGGGCUUGGGGGGAGCUUGGGGGAUCCCCGGGGGCAUCCGGGCCGCCAAGAUGCUGCUUUUGCUGCUGGGGAUCAUCGUGCUCCACGUCACCGUGCUGGUGCUCCUCUUCGUCUCCACCAUCGUUAGCCAAUGGCUGGUGAACGGCGGGCACACGGCGCACCUCUGGCAGAACUGCACCUCCGGUAGCGUCUUCCACUGCCUGACCUCCUCCACGAGCGCUGGGGAGCGCCUGUGUCCGACAGAGCAGGGAUGUCUGAGGCCUCGUCCAGCAAGGAGGGACCCCCGGCCGAGUGCCCCGUGUGCUACGAGAAGUUCCACCCGCUGGAGGCCAUGCACCGCCAGCUCAGCUGCGGGCACACCUUCUGCCACGACUGCCUGGUGAAGUGCUUGCUCUCCGCCAAGCUUGACGGCCAGGUCCAGAGCAGCAUCAUCUGCCCCAUCUGCCGCUACGUGACUUUCCUCAGCAAGAAGGCGGCUCUAUGGCCGCCCAAGGCAGGCACCAACCUCCGGGCCCUGGAGAUGCCUCUGUCACCUUCCUCCUUGUCCCAUCUGACCAAAUUGGAGGCCAGCAACACCUUGGUGGUGCCCAGCCAUUUUGUGAUGCCGGUGCAGAGCUCCGGCCGGUGCUGCAGCACGGGGAACAGCCCCAUGGACUCGCAGGGGGUCCCAGGAGAGCUGGCACGGGAAGCCCACAUCUUUGUCAUCAGUGACCAUGGGAUGCCACUGGUGGAUGUGGACUGCAGCUCCCUGGGGAGGAGAAGCAGAACAGAAACACGAAGCUCGGUGUCAUCCAGCUCGGCCCUGGGGGUGAAAUGCUGCCAGUCGCCCAUCGCCCUCGCCGUCCAGCUCAUCUUGACGGUGGCCAUGCUGGCGGCUGUGCUCCCUCGGCUGCUGCUGGUGAAGAGGGACUCGUAGCAGGGAUGGGAUCAGCUCAGAUGCUGGAGGUGUCACUGAUGCUGGGACAGAGCUAGG